GCCAUUAAGCAAUAUCAUAAAAAAGAAUCCAGUGACAAAACACACGCCACCAUUGAAUGGGCUCAGGAGUGUGAGCGACUGCGUGCCCUGGCGGUGUGUGACCGUCAAAAGGCUGUGGAUCAAUUUUUAAAGCUUAUCGAUAAGAAACACUCCAAAGAGAUGCCUGUCACUGGCACAAUGAAAGACUUCAAGGUAGGAGACAUAAUAAACUUGGUGGGUUUACUUUGUAAUUUUAUGAUUUACUAAAUAAUUUGUGCGUUCCGUGAAAAAAAAAUAUUUAUAACAUGAAUAAAUUAUGAAAUUUUAUAUGUUUACUGUUGUAAAAGUGUUUUAUUUCAAAUUAUUUGUCUGCACAGUCCAAAUAUCUGAAGAAUGUUGUAAUUUUUAUAUGAAAUUAAAAAUGUUUUGGGACACAUCUGUAUAUAAUGUAAUUACUUCUCAGAGGCAAAAAAACAUUCCCGUUUUGAGUGAUAAAACAGAUCAAUUAAAGCCAGUUGUUGCCAAGAAAGUACAAGGGACUGACGUGAAAUCCAAGACUAGGAAACUAGACAAGAAAUCUGGUCAGAUGCAUGACAAUUAUGAAGAAGUGGAAAUGGACAUAGACAGUGAUAUAGAGAAGGAAAGUAGUCAAGGUAGGAGUGAGAUGAGUUUUAAUGAGUUAUGGCAUAGACUUGGGAUGGUGAGCUGUGAAAGAGGUUGUUUGUUUCAAAGUAGUACCAGGGAUAAAAAAUGUUUCGUUUAAGAAUGGAACAGUUAGUUGUAGUUUUUGCAUGCACUAAUAAUAAAUUAAUUUUUUUUACAAACGUUAAAAAUAAAAACUGCACAGGGUUUAAAAAGCAUUAUGUACAAAAUAUUGUAGACCUGCCAAAAUGUGAAAUUAGAUAAUACAUUUUAUGACUCCCCUUUUAAAUUAUCCUAUGUUUUGUAAGCAGGCAUUGCUAAAAGACAUGUUCAAUAAAAUAUUUGAUAUAUUUGCCAACAUAUUCAGUUAGUUCUGACAAAUUCGUUAUCUGCUAGAAGAGGUUCACUUUGACAAAAUCCGCCCUUCUGAAAACUCUCAAAACUGCCCCUCCGCCCCAACAUACUCACCAUUUAUUUAUUAUAUAUAGACCCCAAAAGUGCUGCCCAGGACAGUCCACCUUUUUGCACCCCCUAGGUUUGCCAUUGCAAAGUAGAUCACCAAACGACAUUUAUAAAGUGCCCAUUCCUGUAACACUGUGUUAUAAAGGGAAGACCCGUUGGUGACUAUUUACAUCCGUGGUAGAUUGGGAUUGACAUUCAGCACCAUCCAUAAUUUCUUAUUAUUUAUUUAUAAAAUUUUGAGUAUUCUCACAGUAUAAUAAAUGAAAUGUUCAUCUUCAUUUGUUACAGAGAAAAAGUUACCUAUGGAAAAACUGCAACUAGGAGCUGAUUUUAUGAGAGCCAUGCAACCAGUUUCAGCCUAUGUGAGUCUAUUUUGAAGCAAAGAUAUUUCUUUUAGCCUAAACUUCUCAAGCCAAACUUUCUAAAUUUAGUAAUUUUAGUAGCUUUUGAAUUUUACAAUGGCACUGAAGCAUCAUAUCUUCUGUUGAGAUGUCAAUUGAUGUAUUACUCAUGGUGAACUACCCGCAUGGCCUUUAUUUGAUAGUUUGCAUAACAUGAACAUUACCUCGUCCUAUUAUCUUUGAAACCUGUAUCUUCCUCUGAAUCUCACUACAAAAUAAGCGUGAUCCAUAUAGUAAGGUUUUUUACAUGUUCAAUAACAAAUGGAAAUAGUUUUACCUAAUAACUUUAAAAAAAAAAAAAUUUGAAAUUUCGAACAUUGUCAAAUUAAAAAAAAUAAAUAAAAUUUACAUCACUUUCUCCAUUACUUAUUAAUAAGAUUGAGAUUAAGAAAAAUCUAUUUCCCUAAUAGACAUUAUUUUAUUAUUUGGAAUAAUCAAUACAUUCUGUGUCUUUUCAGAAUUUUGAUUUCCCAGAUCCAAUACAGAGC